GCUUCAAGGAGAGAGAUCCAAGAGCUCUCUCGAGUUCGACCAGAGAUCCAAGAGCUCUAUCGAGUUCGACCAGAGAUCCAAGAGCUCUCUCAAGUUCGACCAGAGAUCCAAGGCUCUAUCGAGUUCGACCAGAGAUCCAAGAGCUCUCUAGAGUUCGACCAGAGAUCCAAGAGCUCUCUAGAGUUCGACCAAGAUCCAAGAGCUCUCUCAAGUUCGACCAGAGAUCCAAGAGCUCUCUCAAGUUCGACCAGAGAUCCCAUAGCUCUCUCAAGUUCGACCAGAGAUCCAAGAGCUCUCUAGAGUUCGACCAGAGAUCCAGAGCUCUCUCGAGUUCGACCAGAGAUCCAAGAGCUCUCUCAAGUUCGGCCAGGCCUUGUUUGGUCUGGGCCAGCCUGGAAGACCUCAGGGCCAGCCAGGAAGACCUCAGGGCCAGCCAGGAAGACCUCAGGGCCAGCCUGGAAGACCUCAGGGCCAGCCAGGAAGACCUCAGGGAUAGCCAGGACGACCUCAGGGCCAGCCUGGAAGACCUCAGGGCCAGCCUGGAAGACCUCAGGGCCAGCCAGGACGACCUCAGGGCCAGCCUGGAAGACCUCAGGGCCAGCCUGGAAGACCUCAGGGCCAGCCAGGAAGACCUCAGGGCCAGCCAGGAAGACCUCAGAGCCAGCCUGGAAGACCUCAGAGCCAGCCUGGAAGACCUCAGGGCCAGCCAGGAAGACCUCAGGGAUAGCCAGGACGACCUCAGGGCCAGCCUGGAAGACCUCAGGGCCAGCCUGGAAGACCUCAGGGCCAGCCAGGACGACCUCAGGGCCUGCCUGGAAGACCUCAGGGCCAGCCUGGAAGACCUCAGGGCCAGCCAGGAAGACCUCAGGGCCAGCCAGGAAGACCUCAGAGCCAGCCUGGAAGACCUCAGAGCCAGCCUGGAAGACCUCAGGGCCAGCCAGGAAGACCUCAGGGCCAGCCAGGAAGACCUCAGGGCCAGCCAGGACGACCUCAGGGCCAGCCAGGACGACCUCAGGGCCAGCCUGGAAGACCUCAGGGCCAGCCUGGAAGACCUCAGGGCCAGCCAGGAAGACCUCAGGGCCAGCCAGGAAGACCUCAGGCCAGCCUGGAAGACCUCAGGGCCAGCCUGGAAGACCUCAGGGCCAGCCAGGAAGACCUCAGGGCCAGCCAGGAAGACCUCAGGGCCAGCCUGGAAGACCUCAGGGCCAGCCAGGAAGACCUCAGGGCCAGCCAGGAAGACCUCAGGGCCAGCCAGGAAGACCUCAGGGGCCAGCCUGGAAGACCUCAGGGGCCAGCCUGGAAGACCUCAGGGGCCAGCCAGGAAGACCUCAGGGCCAGCCAGGAAGACCUCAGGGGCCAGCCAGGAAGACCUCAGGGCCAGCCUGGAAGACCUCAGGGCCUGCCAGGAAGACCUCAGGGCCAGCCUGUAA